CGCCGCCCAUUGGUCGGCGGCGGUUUUGCCGGUGCCGUGUCGCCCCCUGGCGGCGGCGGCGGGCGGCGCGGCGGGCGCGGGUCCGGCAUGAGCGAGGCGCGGCUGCGGGCCGGGCGCGGCCCCGGCGGGGCGCGGGACCCCCAGGACAAGGAGUCAGAGUCUGAGAACAAGCUGGAUGGAGAGACAGCGUCAGACAGCGAGAGCAAAUCCGAGUUUUCGGGUUCAUCCCCAGUGCCAACCUCGGAUGACACCCCAGAGGUGCUGAACAGGGCCCUCUCCAACCUGUCCUCAAGAUGGAAGAAUUGGUGGGUGAGAGGCAUCCUCACGCUGGCAAUGAUCACCUUCUUCUUCAUCAUCAUCUACUUGGGCCCCAUGGUCUUGAUGACAAUAGUGAUGUGUGUCCAGAUCAAAUGUUUCCACGAGAUCAUCACCAUUGGCUACAACGUGUACCACUCGUACGACCUGCCCUGGUUCAGGACGCUCAGCUGGUACUUCCUGCUGUGUGUGAACUAUUUCUUCUACGGCGAGACGGUGACCGAUUAUUUCUUCACCCUGGUGCAGAGGGAGGAGCCCCUGAGGAUCCUCAGCAAAUAUCAUCGCUUCAUCUCCUUUGCCCUCUACCUGACAGGUUUCUGCAUGUUUGUCUUGAGUCUGGUGAAGAAACACUAUCGUCUCCAGUUCUACAUGUUUGGCUGGACCCACGUGACGUUGCUGAUUGUUGUCACCCAGUCCCACCUCAUCAUCCACAACCUGUUUGAAGGAAUGAUCUGGUUCAUUGUCCCCAUCUCCUGUGUGAUCUGCAAUGACAUCAUGGCCUACAUGUUCGGGUUCUUCUUCGGCCGCACGCCGCUCAUCAAGCUCUCCCCAAAGAAGACCUGGGAGGGUUUUAUUGGAGGAUUUUUUUCCACCGUUCUGUUUGGAUUGCUGCUGUCCUACGUGAUGUCUGGCUAUCGCUGCUUCACCUGCCCCGUGGAGUUCAACAACGACACCAACAGCUUCACCGUGGACUGUGAGCCCUCGGAGCUGUUCCAGCUGCAGGAGUACAACAUCCCCGUGGUGCUGCAGUCUGUGGUGGGCUGGAAGACCGUGCGGAUGUACCCCUUCCAGAUCCACAGCAUCGCCCUCUCCACCUUCGCCUCCCUCAUCGGGCCCUUCGGGGGUUUCUUUGCCAGUGGCUUUAAGAGGGCCUUCAAAAUCAAGGACUUUGCCAACACCAUCCCGGGGCACGGGGGGAUCAUGGAUCGCUUCGACUGCCAGUACCUGAUGGCCACCUUUGUCAACGUGUACAUCGCCAGCUUCAUCAGGGGCCCCAACCCAAGCAAACUGAUCCAGCAGUUCCUGACCCUGAGGCCAGACCAGCAGCUCCACAUCUUCAACACGCUCAAAGCACACCUGGUGGACAGGGGAGUUUUGGGGAGCCUGGAGGAUGCAUAGACAGCAGGUGGUUGGAACAGGACUGAGAACAGGCCUCCUCCAGGGAAUUCCUGGCUUGCCUGAUUUAAGACAAUAACAAGGCCUCAUUUCACUGUAACUUUUCUUCCUUUCUUGGUAAAUGUUUGCAUUUGUGGUUUAUUUUUUUUUUAAUAAUAUAUUUAUAGAGCUUUGGUUCAAAUGAGCAAAUCUUGGGUUUGUAGCUGAGAAGGAGUUCAGGCUUGGAAGAACUGUUGGGUGGAGCAGGAGGGUGUGACUGUCCUGCUGGACUGUUCUGAACCCUCGGGGUGUGUGGGCAGAGAUGAACUUUCCUGGGAGUGGGUUUGGCAGGGAAUGCAGAGCCUGGGGGCUGUGUUCUCCCCUGGCCUUCCUGCUCAGGGCGGCACCUCUGGGCACCCUCCUCCUCUCCAGGGACAACUGGGAGUGCACUGGGAAUUGUCCCAGCAGUUCCUGCCUGUGGGAAUCUCCUUGCACAAGGAUCUUGUACUAACCCAGCCCCGUUUCCUCUGCCCAGCCCUGCACCUGCAGCUGCUCUCACCUGUUGCUUCUGCAGAGCCUCUCACAUUCCCUCCCUUCAGGCCUGAUGUUUUGGCAAAUCAGAUUUUUGUAACCAGUUAAACCAGAAACAGACUGGGGAUGAGGAGUCAAGGAAGUGGCAGUUGUGUGUGGGAAUGUGGGAGGUUCAGAUUCUUCCAAAACUGAUGGAAGUAAAUAAGUUUUAAAGAACGUUGAAGUUUCAUUGAGCAAUUCCUGCCAAGUGAGAACAACUUCUGAAUAGCUUGAUUUGUCUUUCCCCCAUUAAAUAACCUUUAAAAACCACACUUCUUCAUUUAUCCAAGGUUGGAAACCCCACACUGGGAUAUUUGAAGUAACCCGGGGAGCAGUUUCCAGCCAGUUUCUUCGCUGGGUGGGCUCCAGCUGCAGCUGGGGGUUUUGUUUUCUUUCAGGGAUCAUGUCUGUUUGUUACUUGAGUUGUAGAAGUCGUGCUGCUGAGUUUACCAUGGUCUGUGUUGCAUUUCAGUCUGGGUUCAUUUCUCUGCAGGCUUCUGUCCUGCUUCGCUCGCUGAAUCUUGUCAGAAAUAGUUUGUACUUUAGAGCCACAAGUUUUAUCAAAGUCCUUUCCUUUAUUUUGUCAUACUUUUUUAUUAUUUAAAAAUGAGAGUCCUAAAGAUUUGAACUUUCCUUUUUUUUUUUUUUUUAUCAGAUAGUGAAAAUAUCCCUGUUUACACCUCAUGCAAUGUUUCCAAACAUGAGGUGACUCUGAUUUUCCUUCUUUCCAUAGUUUAUGCAUGGGAGAGAGAAACUUUACCUUAUUUUAACCUGGGGAACGAGUGACAGGGAGAGCUCACACAGGAGUACAUUGGUGUUUUCAAGCAGUUGCUGCCACAAACUUUUAGCCACAAAGCCCCCAUGUGAGACCUGCACCUGCUGUGAGCUGGCUUGGCAUCAACAGAAAAUAAACCACCUGAAAAUACACCCCAAAUUCAGAGCUUUUACUCCAUAUUCUGAUUAUGCCACUGCUUGCAGUUACCUGAGUGUGUGUAAAUACACAGGUCCCAGCCUCUCUUCUGCAUUUCUGCAGGCCUGUGCUGGGCUCUGCUCUGCCUCCCUGAGCAGGAGCCCAGGUCUGUGCUCCAAAUGCAGGUGUUUGAUGGAAAGCACAGGCUGCACAGAAGGCUCUGUUCUUCCAAAGUAUUUUCAAUUGGUGCUGGCAAAAUUCUGCACUGAGUUCAGGAUUUGGUUUGGUGUUCAUAGAGAUUUUUCCAGGUUCAGGACACCGUUCCCUUCCAGCUUGAAUUAGGCAGAGGUUUAUUUUCUGUUGAUGGAACACAUUUUGGUCCAAGCCCCUGAUACAGAAAUUGCAGAGGAGAAUCAGGGUGCUUCCAUCUGGCAUUGCCCAGGGACAAUAUUUGGGCUGUGUUUAAUGAGGGUUUGCCUGAGUUCAGCGAGGCAGGAGCACCCAUGGGAGCAUGGGUUGGAGUGCCCUGGGGGGCAGGAGCACCCUGGGGUGGUGCUGGUCUGGAUUUUCCCUGCCCAUUGCCAGAAUCCCUUGUUGUGGCUGUUGGGUCACAGGCAGAAGUGACAGUGUUGAUAAAUAUUACCAUGGUGUGCUCUGUUCAUAGAAGUUUCUUCCGUGGGUCUUUAGUCUCCUGCUCGUCUGCUUUAAACCUUUUGUUCCUCUUCUGUUGUAAUCAGUGGGGCAAAGCUUUGCUGCAGGCUCUGGUUUGGGGCAGGUCUGGGCCUUUCCCGGGGGUGUAAAUGCUGGAUGUGGGCACUGGAGGGCAAAGCAGUUCCACGGAAUUGCUGUGAGAGGAGCAGCAGCAGCAGCUCUGCCUGUGGGUGGCUUCCCUGCUCAGACAAUUCCCUGAUCAGAAAUGCCCUGGUCAGCUUUAUUCCUGCUUCCUCCCUUCCCAGCCUGGGCUGAUCUUCACGGGAAAAGCUGCCUGGGAAGGGUUUCCAGCAUGGAAGCUCAUUAAAGUGAGUGGGAACAGUGGAUGCAGGGAGGAAGGGAGGGAGGUGGGCGUUGUUGGGAUUGUUUGCAAGUUGUGCAGCUGAACUCACAGGAUCAGGAGCUGGAUCCUGGGUUUGGAUUGGAGAGGGCCUUAAAAUCUUGUUCCACCUCCUUUGCCAUGGGCAGGGAAUCUCUCCUCCAAGUCUGAUCCUGAGCACUGCCAGGGAUGGGGAGUUUGUGACUCCCCGAGGAGAGAUGAAAAGCUGCCGUUCCUGGCUUUGGCUGUUUCUGAGGGCGGAGCUGUUGCCCAGGGAUGUGCAGCAGCACACAUGGCCCUGCAGGACCCUGGGGAUGCUGCAGCUCUCGGGAAUUUCUGUGUGGAGGGGCCAGAGUGACCCCAGGGAUGGUGGAUGAGGAGAGACGGGGGAAGUUCUGCAGCUGCAGGGCUCGAGCUCAGUGGGGCACACAAAAAAAAAUUAUUCACAGCAGGCUCCAGCAGCAGGGAAGCUUCAAAGGGAAGAGCAGAGCAAGAAAGGGGAGGUGGUGCCAGCUGGGAUGUGUGGAAGGAUUUGCCUGGUGCAAAGGGAGCCACCUCUGCACCAGUGUCACUGAGCAGGCAGGGGGGUGACAGUGCCCCUGGGCAUGGCCCUGGGAAGCUGCUGGGCUGUGCUGGGCAGGGCACUGGGCACCCCCAGGGUUUGUUUUUUAGGGGCUGGUUGGGUUGGACACGGGUUUGACCCACAGGUGCCUGUGGACACCUCAGUGGGAAUUUGCUUUUCCUGCCUGGCUGUGGCCCAGGGGAGGCUGCAGUGGGAGGCAGGGCCAGCCCAGGCUCGGGGAAGCACCAGGCCUGGGUUCUGCAGCCAUGCUGUGGGAUCAGCCUGAGUUAAACAGGCAUUGCCAGGGUUAAACAGGCAUUCCCAGGGUUAAACAGGCAUUCCCAGAGUUAAACAGGCAUUCCUAGGGUUAAACAGAAUUCCCAGGGUUAAACAGAAUUCUUUGGGUUAAACAGGUAUUCCCAGGGUUAAGCAGAAUUCCCAGAGUUAAGCAGAAUUCCCUGGGUUAAACAGAAUUCUUUGGGUUAAACAGAAUUCCCAGGGUUAAACAGAAUUCUUUGGGUUAAACAAGUAUUCCUAGGGUUAAGCAGAAUUCCCUGGGUUAAACACAAUUCCCUGGGUUAAGCAGAAUUCCCUGGGUUAAGCAGAAUUCCCUGGGCUCAGCAGUGCCCCUGAGCUGAGGACAGCUCUCCUGUGGCUGGUGGAGUUGGGAUCCUGCAGCAUCCCCCGAGCUCGGCUGUGGAAUCCCAGUGUCUCAUCCCAGGGAAUGUCCCCUGUGUCCCCUGUGUGCAGUGAGCCCCCCAAGCCUGGCUGGGGGGGCUCCUGCCCUCUGCCCCUUCCCCCUGCGUGUGCUGGGAGCAGGGCAGGGCUGUGUGUGCCCAUCCAGCCCCUCCUGGGGACAGCUCAGUCCCAAAGGCUGCGCAUGGAAGCCCCGGGGUGGCAGCUCCGUGCUCCUUAAUCCCUGUGCAAUCCCUGAUCUCCAGCCUGUCCCCACCUCUGGCUUCUUUCUCUGUGUAUUGUUCUUUUGAUUCCAGUUUUAGCUACACACUUAGAGUUGCCUUUCUUUGACCGAAUGUUUGAAUGUGAAAUAUUGUAUAUUUUAAAGUAUUUACCCUAUUUAUAUACUGUAUGUUACUGUUAAAUAAAUAUAAAUUCCAUUA